GAGUAGAAGACUCCAGAACCAGUUGGUUCCCUCACCCUCGCUCUCACUCAUAUUCUCCCUUUUCUCCUAUAUAAGCAAGCACCUCUCUCGUUCUUCACCUCGUGAAUCGUCGAAAUCAAAUAGCCCACACUCUCUCUGCAUUUCGCUACCCUCUCUCCGUUUCACGUCUCUUUCGAUCGAGUUUCCCAUGGCAGACGCUGAAACCUUCGCUUUCCAGGCUGAGAUCAACCAACUCCUCAGCCUCAUCAUCAACACCUUCUAUAGCAACAAGGAGAUUUUCUUGCGUGAACUCAUCAGCAAUGCUUCUGAUGCUUUGGAUAAGAUUCGAUUUGAGAGCUUAACAGACAAGAGCAAGCUCGAUGGUCAACCGGAGCUUUUUAUCAGGCUCGUCCCUGAUAAGGACAACAAGACUCUUUCCAUUAUUGACAGUGGCAUUGGCAUGACCAAAGCAGAUUUGGUGAACAAUUUGGGUACAAUUGCGAGAUCUGGGACCAAGGAAUUCAUGGAGGCGUUGCAGGCUGGUGCCGAUGUCAGCAUGAUUGGUCAAUUUGGUGUUGGGUUCUACUCUGCGUACCUUGUUGCUGAGAAAGUCAUUGUCACGACAAAGCACAAUGACGACGAACAGUACAUUUGGGAAUCGCAGGCCGGCGGCUCUUUCACCGUUACAAGGGACGUCGAAGGCGAGCAACUAGGAAGGGGAACCAAGAUUACCCUCUUCCUUAAGGAGGAUCAGUUGGAAUACUUGGAGGAGAGGAGGAUCAAGGAUCUUGUGAAGAAGCACUCUGAAUUUAUCAGCUAUCCCAUUUAUCUUUGGACUGAGAAGACUACCGAAAAAGAGAUCAGCGAUGAUGAAGAUGAUGAGCCCAAGAAGGAGGAAGAAGGAGAUGUUGAGGAGGUUGACGAGGAGGAGGAGAAGGAAUCUAAGAAGAAGAAGAUUAAGGAGGUUUCUCAUGAGUGGGAACUCAUCAACAAGCAGAAGCCUAUCUGGUUGCGGAAGCCAGAAGAGAUCACCAAGGAUGAAUAUGCUUCUUUCUACAAGAGCUUAACCAAUGACUGGGAAGACCACUUGGCUGUGAAACAUUUCGCUGUGGAGGGCCAGCUUGAAUUCAAAGCCAUCCUGUUUGUUCCGAAAAGGGCACCCUUUGAUUUGUUUGACACAAGGAAGAAGAUGAACAACAUCAAGCUCUAUGUCAGGAGGGUGUUUAUCAUGGACAAUUGUGAGGAGCUUAUACCUGAGUACCUUGGAUUUGUGAAAGGUGUUGUUGAUUCUGAUGACUUGCCGCUCAACAUUUCUCGUGAGAUGCUGCAACAGAACAAAAUCUUGAAGGUCAUCAGGAAGAAUCUUGUGAAGAAGUGCAUUGAGAUGUUCAAUGAGAUUGCUGAGAACAAGGAAGACUACAACAAGUUCUAUGAUGCUUUCUCCAAGAAUUUGAAGCUGGGUAUCCAUGAGGAUAGUCAGAACAGGGUCAAAUUAGCUGAUUUGCUCAGAUACCACUCUACAAAAAGUGGAGAUGAGUUGACAAGCUUGAAGGACUAUGUUACCAGAAUGAAGGAGGGCCAGAAAGACAUCUACUACAUUACUGGAGAGAGCAAAAAGGCUGUGGAGAAUUCUCCAUUUUUGGAGAGACUGAAGAAGAAGGGCUAUGAGGUGCUUUUCAUGGUGGACGCCAUUGAUGAGUAUGCUGUUGGACAACUUAAAGAGUACGAUGGCAAAAAAUUGGUUUCAGCUACAAAGGAAGGAUUGAAAUUGGACGAUGAGACUGAGGAGGAGAAAAAGAAAAAGGAGGAGAAGAAGAAGUCAUUUGAGGAUCUCUGCAAAGUCAUCAAGGAAAUCUUGGGAGAUAAAGUUGAGAAGGUUGUUGUUUCUGACAGGAUUGUUGAUUCUCCAUGCUGUUUGGUGACUGGUGAGUAUGGAUGGACUGCAAACAUGGAGAGGAUCAUGAAGGCUCAGGCUCUGAGAGAUAGCAGCAUGAGUGGCUACAUGUCUAGCAAGAAGACUAUGGAAAUCAACCCUGAUAAUGGCAUUAUGGAGGAGUUGAGGAAGAGGGCAGAAGCUGACAAGAAUGACAAGUCAGUGAAGGACCUAGUGUUGCUUCUCUUUGAGACCGCACUCUUGACUUCAGGCUUCAGCCUGGAAGAUCCCAACACUUUCGCUGCAAGAAUUCACAGGAUGUUGAAGUUGGGUUUGAGUAUUGAUGAGGAAGCUGGUGAAGAUGAUGUUGACAUGCCUCCACUUGAAGAGGACGGUGCUGAGGAGAGCAAGAUGGAAGAAGUGGACUAAAGGGCCUGAAGGUUCUAAACUUCUAAUGUCAACUGUUAUUGUUCUCUAUCUGGAUGCUGAUAGUUUUUUGUUUUUGUUUUUGUGCAUUUUGUUAUAGUUUAAUCUGGAUUUUCGGUUAUGAUGUAUAAGAAAUGAGAACGUCUGUCAUUCACCAUAUUAUGUCCAGGUUAUGUUAUCAUUGAUGCAUAAAUGAGAAACAGUGCUGUUCACUGCC